UUAGUCGGAGCUGUCCCGGCGACAAUACUCGUGUGUAGCGAGCACCAUCAGUGAACGCGAUUUUUCCGCCGACGCACGAUUUGCUCUGCGCUGGAACUCUCAGAUUCUCUAAGAAACUUCUCAGUGCGCAUACAGCGCUCUAACCGUGUGUUGUCUUUUCAGCGAUAUGGGAAUCUAGAACUAAAACUUGACAGUGUCUAAACAGUGCUCGGAAAGUGUGAGGUCAAAUCUGCUGUUUGAGAUUCUUUUGGACCAGACCGGUGCGCAGUGCCUUAAUUAAUUUGUGGUUCUCUUGAAACUUACACGUGUGCGGACGACGUUCUGGUUCUGAAAGUGGUGUGUCAAUCUCGCUCUGUGACAUUACCAGACAUUUUUACAUUUUAUUCACAGUGCUUGAAGAACGAGUACCAACAUUAUUUUUUAAUUCAAUUAUUUGUCUUAGAAUUUUGUCAUCAGCCCAUCACAACACCUACAUCUUCAAGUAUUAAAAACGUGAAGGAUAUAUCUCGGACAUGUGUCAUUAUUCUGGGGAUAUUGAGAGCUUUCACGUAAUUUAGGAGACGGACUACACUGCCAUAACACAGGAAAGCUCACAGCAACUGAAAUGACCUUACACUUGGCGAAGCCAGCCCUCAUCUACAUACAUCUGGAACCUACUUGAGCCAAUCAGAAAAGUGCUCUGUGUAGUGAGAGCAGAGAAAGCAGUUAAAUUCAAAAUAAUACUGUCCCUUAAAUUCUACAAAUAGCAGUGAUUGUUGGUUCCAUUGACACAUUCAUAGUAAAACAGAGUUUGGAAUAAAGGGAGGUACCGGUAACAGACAAACACCAUAGAGAGACUGGCAAAGGGAAGGACCAAUCUGAACCAACCUACGGCUAAACUCAUGUCCAGCUGAUAAAGAAGAAAAAUAUUCCUAUGUCGUAUUACCCGUAUUGAUAGAAUAUUUCCAGUUACAGAUUUCAUGUCACAGAACAUCGCACAACAUAGAGUGUAAUCUCUAAACGUAAAAUCACAUUCACUCAGAGACAGUUACCAAAAAGAAGAGUAUAAAUUGUUAUAUCAAACACCGUAACAUGUAAAGUGACGUCAUCCAAAACUGUUAGUAUAAUCACCAAUACCACACUCCCGUCUCAAACGAAAUUAAGUUAACAAAAAAUUAAGCUUGCCAUAUCACAUCAAGUCGCAAACGGAGGUGACCUUACAGAAGAGCACCAUCUGCAAUAAUAUAACCAGCACACCCCCAAAGAGUACUACUAUUAUAUCAGUAAUAUCAACGUAGCCAGUCAAAUAUCCCAGCCAUGACCAACAACGCCGGAGCAGUUCUACUGUGGGUUGUGGCCCUCUGUUAUACCAGUGUGACCUUCGGCCUCAGCAUCGGUCUACAGAGCAUGGAGGAGAACUGCAUCCUGAGCUUCGUCGUGCCCCGGGAUAAGAUGAAGUCCUCGUGCCAGCUGGACGAGAAGGUGACGCGUCGCCUGAACACAGCUGAGAUGAAGGUGAACAUCUACAGCCAGCAGGUGGCCAGCCUACAGCUGCAGCUGGACAAGCAGAGACUGCUGGACGCGGAUAGGCUGGACAAGCUGGAGCAACAGAUAACGAACAGCGCGUCCUCCAUGGACAUGAACUUCCUGGUGGAGCGACGCCUCUCCCUGCUGGAAAAAGAGUUCGAGAUGUUGCACCACGACAUGAACGCCGCGCCCACCACCGGGGAGCGCAGGGGUCAGUCGGAGCGGCCGUCGGCAGACUCCGGAAGUAGCCGGACGUCCGAGGCUCUCAACAAAAUCUUCCCGCUGGACGGGGACGACACACCGUCGGCAGCCCUGCCCACCAUGAUCAGGUCGAUCGUACAAUCCGAGAUCAAGGUCGUCAUGGAGAACUUCACAAGAAAGUUCGAGAACUACGUGCGGGAUCAGAUUAUUCUGUACAACCAGGUGUUCAGCAUGCUGCCCAGACGCAACAAUGGCGUGACCAUUUCCUCGGGAAGGACGGCCGGCUCCCCUAGCUCCAGGGGACGGAGCCAGACUGGCGAGUCCACGCCUACGGAGGGGAGGGGUCAGGACAAGAAUAACCGUCACCUGGGUGAGUUCGCUAAAGUGAAAGCGAAGUUGGAUGAUACGGGCGACAAAAUAGCGAGACAAGUGGGAACUUAUAUAAAAAACGUCACAUCCUCUACAUCCAGUUCCCGUUCUCAUCCCAACACCUCUGACAGCAUCACUCUGGACAUGGAAGGGGUGCCCCGCGCUAACAACUCCGGGAUUAUUCUGAACGAAGAUUUCCCGGACACGAAUUAUUCUUAUAGUGGCGACCACCCAGAGCACCAGCAUGGAAAGUUAGACACCGACCAGCCGUUGACCGGUGCCAGUGGUGACAUUUCGGACGCGGCGUCCUCUCGUAUCACAAAUCCUUCCGGGAAAGCUCGAAACUCCUCCACCUCUUCUUCCUCCAGGGAUAAAGACGGGAGGAACUGGAAGGAGAACAUGAUACAAGACGAGAAAGACCGUCAGGCGGAGAUGGAGGUACGUCUCAAAGAAGAGAUCACUAACAUGCUGUACACUCCACUGGCUGAGCUGAUGAGCCUGGUGGAGAAACAAACGGCCAGGCUGGAGCAGCAGAUGAAAGAACUCGAAGAGAAAGAGAACGAGGCCAACAGCGAACUGACAUCUCAGGUCAAGGACAUUGACCAGAGCGUGCAGACUAUAGAGAUGCAGGUGGAAUCGCUAUCACAAGGCUUCCAGGAUUACUCUGUCAUGCUGAACAAGAUCAAACCUUUAGAGUCUGAAGUGGCCGAGCUGGAGAAAAAUAUCACAGCCUUGGCCGCCAGCGAAGCGACAUCCUCAGAGCUGGAGGAGCAGGCCAAGAAGGUGAAGAAGUUAGAGCGUCUAAUGGGUGUCUAUCACCAGUCUCUCGAGCAUUAUCGGAACGAGACGAAACACGAGUACCGUGAUAUGAGAGACGUAUUGAACAAAGAAACAGCCGCGCUCAGGGCAAUGGCGGGUGACAUUGACGGUGAUGUGAAUUCUGCAGUGAAGGUGGCUGUGAACAAGCUCAACAACACGUACAUGGAGAAAAUAGCCGAGCUUAACAAGCUAAUCGAGCUGCAAGGGGAUAACGUGAUGCUGGCGCAGAUAGACAUCUCCGCUGUUGAACGGCAACUGGACAGCAAAGCAACGCGCUCGGACCGGGAGAUCGAGGACAUGGAAGACGCCAUAAAACAUCUGACAAACAAACAGCGCGACUUCCGAAAACGCUUCGACCUCAUGGAGCAGAGCCAAAUGAUGCUCGGGGAGGUCAUCAACACGACAGCCAAAGACGUUUUCGACCUCAAGACGGAGCUCAAACUGAACGUCCUGGACGAGUGGCUACCCAUGACGUUCGAGUACGACUCGUCUCGAACCGAGUGCUUUGGGGAACAAUACGUUCGUCGCUCAAAAUACAAAGACGCGCGCCUCGUGGGAGUCGUUCUCUGCUCACCCACGAGGUACAAAAUCUUUUUGGCCACCUCCCUGCAUUCCACAUUCCUCAACAUAGGGGACGGAAACGGGAUGGGAGAGGACCACUGCGAGUUUGUGGGCGCCACCAGGGACAGCCAUAUAAUGCUGAGCCCGUUCAAGGUGUCCUACGGGGCCGUGCAAGGUUACGCCAGAAACCACUGGGGUCAGGAGCCAAAGACAUCCUUCUUGAACACGAUCAAGCCAACACCAAAUUGGUAUGAAUGUGGAGUGUCCAUACCAUAGGCUUGAUGACGGGUACAGCAAGGGUGUACCUCUCCGCCCUUUUCGAGUUAAGAGUUACACGCAGCAUAGACAGAGUUAGGAGACCUGAGAGCGACCUGCUGGAUCACCACGGACUUCGAUAUUUCAACAGAAGAACAACACCGACAUUUUUAAUGAACUAGAGCAGAUACACAAAAUCAACCUCUUCUCGGCAGAUUGAAGGGUUAAAACACCAUAGAAAAGAAAAGGUUGUAAUUUUCGCUCUCAAGGCGGCUCUUCACCAUGUCACGAGAAACAAAAAAUACGAGUUUGAAACCUUUAACAAUAACAGCUGGUGUUCAAGGCACAUUACUAUAACCCCUCAUCCUUUUCACUACAGCUUGAGUGUAGCAGUGACACUUCCACCGGAGCUUGUGCAUGGAAUGCUGAAAUCUAACAACACCGGAGAAAUCUUCAACGUGCAAUAAAAAAAACAACCAAACGCUAUUUUAAAACUAACUAAAGAGCAAAUCCAGCAGGGCAAUAUGUUGCUUUGGUGGAUACUGUCACGUUACAGUUUACAUACAGAAUGUCUGACGUCGUUUUCUCAUAUCACCAGAAGGAAACAAUUGGAAUCGUCAGAUCCUUAUGUGAGAAUACGGCGGAGUGACUUUUGUAUCCCAGGAAAUCUGGUUGAAGUUACAAUGGGCAUUAACGUGCAAUCUGGUGAGUUUGAAAGCGGUGCUUUUUUUUCAAAGGACAAGAUGUAGUUUCUGAUGUCUUUCUAUAUUUUAUGUUUAAAAUUGAUGUUUUGUCUUUAUUUUACGGUACUCUGAAUGACAUGUUACGUAUAUUGUAUUAUAAUAUUCUAUUAUGUUCAUACGUUUCUUAAAGCAUCACUUUAAAGCAUCAUGAUGACCAGGAAACAUCAAUGCACACAUACGCAUACGAAAAUAAAACACGCACCAGAUACCCACACACCAACACACACAUAUAUAUUUAACAUAUCUUUUACAACAUAUACAUGUUCCUGUAAAGCAAAAUAGUACUGA